GUUGUUGACCUUGGCGGCAUAUGGCCCCGUUUCAUUCCGUUUCAGACCCGCUUCAGCCCAAUGGGUAGUGUUAUACCGGAUUUCCAAGCUAACUGCGUAUAAAGACCACCACACAUUCACUUAGAGUGACAUUUAUGCCUGUUCAUCUGGAUUUCCCUCACUUGGGUGCCCAACAUAACGGUCGCGGGCGAGAACCCGUCCCUCAAAAUGUUCUUGAGUGCUCUGAUUCUCAAGGUCUUUGCACAAAGCUCUCCGAUGAAUCCCUCGCCCGGCUACGCAAAAUUGUCGACCGUCAAAAGGCUGAGCUACAGUUUGGUCAAUCUGAUGAGUCGGAAAAAGCCCAGGAGGAGCCGGAUUUUCUUCUGGAACCCUCUGAACGGCCUUUGUUGCGAAAGGUGACAGAGGGGUUACUACCUCCUACCUACUUCGGAUUCUCCUUCUCCCAAACCAAUGGUCUCUUGGUGAAUGAUUUCGAACAAGCCGUUUAUCAUCGAAGAAGUUUAACCAUACCUUCGAGGCUUCUUCGUCAAAAACGCAUCCAGGACAAACCGAACAAACGUAUGGUCAAACGUAUCGUCGCCAAUGAGAGUGACCCAUCGACCCAUGAUCAUUCACGUAAACUUGAAGAAUACGGACCAGGAUCAUGGAGGGUUGGUCAAGAACUAAUUCGGCGACACUUUGGCAUGAAGAGAUCCAGUAAAGAAGACGAACUGGAACAGGAGGGAAAUGUAGCUUCAGCAAAACGCUCUGUUGAAAACCCACAUGGUUCGCUGAUUGCACAUUCCGAUGGUGACGGUACGACGAGACAUGGUGACCCAAUGCAAUACGAGAAAGAUGAUCUACCAGCUCCCAAAACAUUAAAUGGAUUGAAAAGGGGUUUGUACCGAAGAGAGCGGCACAUGAACGUGAAUGACUGCCCAAACACCGAUGGUACGGUAUGCAAUCGAAAGACCAAUGUCUCACGAGCGGAUUUACAGGCUCUUGUUCGAAGACAACGUCAGAUACGCAAAGAAGAUCGUCGUAGGAAAGAACAAGCCGAGACAGAACGGCGGGAGCGCAUCAAGCGGAAUCUUUCAGCCACCGCGUUAGCUGCUGCAGCUGCGGCCAAGGCCCCCGUAUCUCCAAAUAAGAAGAAAAUUAGGAUGGCCUACGGUGAAUCCUUUCAACCAAACGCUAAGAUUUCGACUGAACUUCUUCCAAUGUCUGCUGGGUCAAUAGCGCUCCAGCAGAAGCUUGAUGAGUUGCUUGGAACUGAUGACGACCACUACCGCCUUUCUGAACUCACAACACAUGUACCGAAUGAGUCAUUCAUCGCAGACAGCAUGCAGAUUGGACCUGAGUUAACAUCAUCUCGGUCGGUCGCGCCAUCCGUAGCCAACACAGAAUCUCAAAAUGCCGGGUUCCGUGGAGGUUCAAGGCUUCAACCCACUUCUAUAGCGGAUCCACCUACGCAGGAGUUUCAGCUUCACGACACUCCAACACGAUUGCCUCCCGCUCAUGAGGUUGCUGCAACGAAGGACUUUGUGGCGUCUCCAACCGUUGUAUCUGACUUCAUCCGAUCAUCCAAAGCAACACCGAUCUCUCAUCCUGAGUUCCCGUGUCUCGGUCAGUUAGAACGGAAAACCAAUAACUUUAACAGCUUUUCGUCGUCUUCCUACCUCAGUGUUCCGGGUAGUGCACACGCAGACGAGUUGCUUACUUUGGACACGGAUAACGCUAAUGCUCGUGACGGAACCUCGACCUCUUCGUGUGGUGACAUUUCACCUUCGGGUCCUGGACGAUGGAUACGCCUGGAAGCGAUUGGGGCCAGUGAACCAGAGCUGGCGAUCGAGGAUGAAGAAAAGGGUGAAUUUGUGGAUGACAUGAAGCCCGAGCCCUUGGUAUUGUCGGAGCAGGUUCGGAACUGCGUAAUACGAAAACUGCAUAAAGCAAACCUCCCACUCGGUGACAGCCGUUCUGAGCACCCUAUGCAUAAACCACUGGACGAGGUGAAACGCUCAAUCUACAGCGAUCCCUUGCGUUUCAUUAAAAUUCACAAGCGUCAGCAAUCCAGGGGUCUCGAAACUGUGCGAACUCAACCUGUUGGUGAUAGGAAACAACCGGAGGAAACCGUGCACGAGGAAGGUAAAUUGCACACUUCGGAACUUGCUGGUGGCAUACAACUCAACCGCCCUCUUGAUGGAUACGAUGCCAAUACAACAUCGGAGUCUCACAUCGACUGUCAUCAUCCGGCAGUUAACAUGUCCUCAACAGGCAGUCCUACAGAGAAUCUGCCAUCUAGCUUUAAAGCCAACGAUGCAAAUUCGUCCAGUCCUGGAUCCCAAGUUCGACGUGAUUUCAUUCUACAUGCAAGUGAAUGCGCCGUAUCUUCUACGCCCAGACAAGAACACGCUAUGACUGAAAGACGGCAAAAGGUGAACGGAUUAGAAAACAAAGCCGACCAUGCACCUCCGAGACUAACUGCUGCCGCCCUUAGUUUACAGUUGUCAGCUGAGAUGAACCAGCUAGAGGCCUUAACGACCUCUAUUCAACACCUGACAGAAAUGGAAUCCUUGCGACAGUUUGCUGUGGCACAAGCAGAGACAGUGGGUUUGGCACAGCUGCUCAAGAUUGGUCGGUCCAAUGCGGAUUCCACGCUCAUCCCGAGGCCCUCUGAAGAACACGCGAAAUCGCCUGAGAAACGAUCUCAGUGCACCUCAAUGAUUCCAGACAGCACACGCAGUGGUCACCGCUCUCCCCAUUACGAAAGCGUACUUCGAGCAGCAGCAGAAUUUCACAAAGUGGAACGUCGGUUGAGUGAACACAGGACUGAGCUCCGCUCAUCUCGUCGUAUCGAGGAUAAAUCCAUUGGGUCCCCGCUUUCUGCUACAUCGGUUCCUAGCAGCAGUUCUGAGAAACAAGUAUCCACAUCGACCAACUCUGAAAAUGUAAAGAAUGAGUGUGUGCGGAAAUCCAAAACCAUUUCAACGACACCAAGCCUGUCGGUUCAAAGCAAGACUACGGCUUCGGAGAUUUCCACUGACCUAUCUGGGUCGGUUUCUGCUUGUGAAAAUGCAUCAUCCCUUCCGGUGGAAGCUCUUUCUGCAGCUGUUGAUUCAUCCAGAGCAGCUUCUGUGUCAACGAAACUGGAGGGUUCACCAUUGAUUGGCGAAAAACACUCUCGCAUCGCAGUUGCUGAAGAAAGCUCUUCAUCAACUCCACCAUUGGUUGGUGACAAACGAUCUCCGAAACAUCUUAGGUCAAAACCGACAAAUAAGCUCCGUCCCCCAGAAGAUCCAUCAGAUACAGUUAGCAGUGGAGCACUGGCCCUCGUGGACAGCGUUCUUGCUGAGCGUGCAGCCAUCCUCAAAGCUCGGAGAGAAAAGGCUCAGAGGUUACUUACGAUUUCCAAGAAUUUGGAGAAAGAGGAGGGCGAAGUUGUGCAUCUGGAACGCACAGCACUUAAGGCAGCACAGUCGAAAAGAAGACAGAUCCGCUCCAUUCGCACAUCAGAUGCGCCUAGCAGCGCAGAAAAACAUCGAGUGAAAGAUCCCACUCCCACAGAGUCAGUGGUUUACUCUUCGGAUUUCGCCCCGUCGGUCACCACUGGUCGCUCGGGUUCCCAGCGUCUGCCGGUAGCCGCGGCUGAGGCGAUAUCAAGUAUUCGUGAAUCCAUCAGCUUAUCCCAGUCCGGUCCGACUGGGAAGACAAGCAUACGCAAGUCUUCUGCGAGUUCACUACUUAUCGAAAUUCAGCCAUCCCUGAUAUCUGACUCUCGCCCUCGGGACCGAAGUCAGUCUGCCUCCCAGGUCAGGAGUGUUUCGACGACGGCCAGUGCGGCAGUCGGUGGAAUUCCGAGGACAAGUCCAAUAAGCAAAAUGCAGACGGGUGUUCUCACUGGCAAGAGUGUAGUAACAUCAAUUUCCUCGCGACCAACUUGUGGACAAUCUCCCACAGUGGAAAAUGAACAUGAACCUGCCGGUGAACAACACCGAUUACCAGUUACAGUCAUUCCCUCUACACUUCCAAAGGACGUCACUCCUGGAAUAGCCUCAUCUUCCUCCGAACGAACCACCUCACCGACGCCACACCGUCGUCGUCGCUCCCCAUUGCCCCUACCUGGCCGCCGCAGUCGCCAUUCGUCCUCCAAUCUCAGCGGCCCAUUGUCUGCCGAGUCAAUGGAUGAUGAAUUAGGCGUAUGCUCAGAUGCAGCAGACCUAGAUGAACAGUCCUCGCAGGUUGAUAUAAGUGAGAUGGAGUCUCGGAUACAUGCUUUGCAUACCAACCUGCUGAAGCAGGAACGGUUGCUCUCCCGGAUAAACAAGUUGAGUAAGCGUGGAUCGAAAGAUCGACUCAGCCGAUUCCAAGCUACUCUUGUCCAGCACAAGCAGUUAUGCACCGAGAUCAUUCAUAAUAUAAAAACACAGUUGGACGCAUGUCAGUCAUCUAUGCAUCUGGAGAAAUCAGCAAUGUCCGCGCGAGAUGCUUCCCAGAUUUCUGCAAAGAGUCCGUGGUCCGCGCAACUGGAUUUAUCUAAAUUGGACGGGUCGACGAAGGCAGUCCCGUUACCUUCGGUUGAAUCUAACGAGCCGGACUCACCAGUUGACCUUGUAGCUUCGCUAGCCGAUGAGGCCGCGUUUGCCACAGAUACAGAGGGCGAUCUACAGAAACUGGAGUUUGAUGAUAAAUCGGAACCAUUGGGCGUUCGGACAACUGCUGAUGACCGGAACCAUGCGGUUUCUUCCGAUCAGGAUGAGGAGACGGCCUCUGCUUCUGAGGCCACACUGGUAUCCAAUGGCGAGAACGUCCCACUUCAUGACGAUACACCUCAUGUGGAACCGCGAUCAUCUCUUCAGGAACUUGGCACGGAAAACAUACCAAGCAGCUUGACAGCUGAUGUGAAGCCGGCAAGAGAGGCGCUCGAAAUUUCUGACAGAUUAACAGAUGUGGACUUCGAAAACGAAACGUUCUCACGAACUAUUACUGUUUCGGAUGAUAAGUCCGCUCCACUUCGCACACCUUUGUCCGAAAACGUCGCGCAACCUUCGGCAGACGAAUCGUUAACGCAUCUGGAGCCUCCCUUGCGCAGUGCUGCAGUCACUGUCAGUUCGCACGUCUACAAUACACUACUGAAUGUGACAGAACCACUGUCCACAUCCGACGCCUUAUUGGUGGACAAAAAUCAAGUGGACAUACCUUGCAAACCUCUCACGCGAUCCCCUAGCGUGAAGGUUGGCGCGGUUAGUGCCAUGUGUCGUGGUAAUGGCAUGGUUGAACAGUCGUUGGAGUCAUCGACGGAGACCAGUGGUGCAGCGACCGAUCACCUCGCACCAACCACGAAGACCUCCACACUACUGGUCGACAAAGUGACCGACGAGUUGUUUGCUAGAAUUCUGUCGGAUAGUAUGGAUUCGACAAUCGGUUUAUCGAAAGCCAGAGCAAUGUCAAAACAAUGUGUCGAAGUCACGAAUAAGGAUUCGUUGCAGAAUCAAGCAGCUGACAAAUUUGCAGAUGAAGCGGAACCGGUGGCCUCCGUAGUUGCCCCCGAGGAUGUCGAUGACUCGUGGGACAACGAAUGUUCCAGUGGGUCUAAUGAGGGAGACGACUACUCAACCACGGUUUCACCAGCACGGUUGUUCACCGAAGAAAAUCUCCGAGGCUUGGUAGCCGAUAUCCCAUCUCGGACCAGCCCACUCAUUUCAGAGGCAGUCAGCUUCUUGUGGAAUGCCAGGCUGAACGCCUCUGAUGGGAGUCGAGAAUCUGCAUUGCUGGCUGCGAUGUCCGAUUUACCCGAAAUAUUCCAAUCUCAUUGGACGGAUCCUUGGGAUUUAAAUCCCGAACUACAUGUGUUGCCGAAUCUUCGCUUCGUCAAUCGUAGCCUUUUGUUCGACUUGGCAGCCGAAUUUAUACAACAGAUUUACUCCGGCGAAGAUGCAGAAUACGAGGCCAGAGUUCAUCAAAAUGCACCAAAACCUCGUAUUACCAGUGCGCAGUUUCGUCUUUGGAAAGGCUCGACGAGACCGGCUACAUAUGACGCCCUGUUGCCUUUAGUCGAGAGUUACCUUAAGGAGGAGCUCCAGUUGAAUGCAUCAGUGACAGAAGGCAGUAAUCCUCAAAAUUUGACGAAGCCUGAAACGACUGGGUAUGGGCGAAUGACUCUUUCGCGGCUGGUGCAGUGGACGCUUUCGAAGAAACCUAGACUGGAUCGUUUACUCGAGCUAGACAUACGUGCUGACGAUGGAUCCUGGUUAGCAUAUGGUCCCGAGGAGGCGCGACUUAAACAUAAGCUUUCUGAAGAGAUUUGGGAUGAGAUGUUGACUGAGGCAUUGGAUGCUAUGCUGCGGAGCUUUCGACGCACGUUUCGUCAAAGCAGUCAUCAAAGUCCCACCGAACUAAGUGCGGCUGCUAGCUGACGUGGGCAAAACCUUCGUGUUUGUCCCGUCGAUAUUUCGAGCGUCAGUCUAGGAAAAGACAAAACCUCAUACUUCCGGUGACCGCCUACAUUGGACCUCAAUCGGUGCUACAUUUCUAUCACUUCGAUAUCCUCCCAUUACCUCCGACAAACUGUGAUAUGCCAUUUCGGUUUAACAACCUCUUUAUUUCCAACUCAGUGACCUUCUCUCGUCGUCCACGUUUCACUCAAGAGUUAUUUCCAUCCGUCGACACAUUAACACCGUUUGUCUCGCCUGACUACAAUACCAACAACAAUAACGCACAAAUAAUGAUCAGCUUCUAUACCAGUGUGCUCGUAGGCCUACACUGAUGCCUUAAUUAUGGGAACUUUAUUGCACCUUCAUCCAUCCACACCAUAUUUCCCGCUUUGUGAAUAUUUCGCCUAGAUUUCAGUGGUUUUAUCGCACAGAAUAAUUUUUAUCCGCA